GCUCCCUGAAAGACACUUCCCAGGACAGAUGGGGGAAGCUUCAUUAAAUUCACUCCACGCUAUUAAAAGAAGUGUGAGGUGCAAGCGGAUUUAGUGUCCCGGGUUCUGUCGGCGCGAGGAGCCGACGCCAACGCCACGGAGCCAGCCCAAGUAGGAUCAGAGAAGCCCGGCUUACCUAUGCUAUGGAGGUGGAGGCUGCAGAGGCCCGGUCCCCUGCCCCUGGCUACAAGCGCUCUGGCCGCCGCUAUAAAUGCUUGUCCUGUACCAAGACAUUUCCAAAUGCUCCUAGGGCAGCACGCCAUGCUGCCACUCAUACGCCUGCAGACUGCCCAGAGGAGGUGGCUGAUGUAAAGCCAAAGGCAGAUACAGAACCCAAGGCAGAGGAAGCCAUUGGGGACAAAGUGUCUGGUUCAGCAGCUAAGCCUCGGCCCUAUGCAUGCCCGCUGUGCCCCAAGGCAUACAAGACUGCACCGGAGCUGCGCAGCCAUGGGCGCAGUCACACAGGUGAGAAGCCUUUCCCAUGUCCAGAGUGCGGCCGCCGCUUCAUGCAACCCGUGUGCCUGCGAGUGCACCUGGCCUCCCAUGCUGGUGAGCUGCCCUUCCGAUGUGCACACUGCCCCAAGGCCUAUGGCGCACUCUCCAAGCUCAAGAUCCACCAACGCGGUCACACAGGCGAGCGGCCCUACGCCUGUGCAGACUGCGGCAAGAGCUUUGCGGAUCCUUCGGUGUUCCGCAAGCACAGGCGCACACACGCAGGCCUGCGGCCCUACGGCUGCGAGCGCUGUGGCAAGGCCUACGCCGAGCUCAAGGACCUACGCAACCAUGAGCGGUCCCACACCGGUGAGCGCCCCUUCCUCUGCUCCGAGUGUGGGAAAAGCUUCUCUCGCUCUUCGUCGCUCACAUGCCACCAGCGUAUCCACGCAGCACAGAAGCCCUAUCGCUGCCCGGCCUGCGGCAAGGGCUUCACGCAGCUCAGCUCCUACCAAAGCCAUGAGCGCACCCACUCCGGCGAGAAGCCUUUUCUGUGCCCUCGUUGUGGCCGCAUGUUCUCCGACCCGUCGAGCUUCCGCCGCCACCAGCGGGCGCACGAGGGCGUGAAGCCUUAUCGCUGCGAGAAGUGCGGCAAGGACUUCCGGCAGCCGGCCGACCUGGCCAUGCACCGGCGUGUACACACGGGAGACCGGCCCUUCAAGUGCCUGCAAUGUGACAAGACGUUUGUGGCAUCCUGGGACCUAAAGCGGCAUGCGUUGGUGCACUCGGGCCAGCGGCCCUUCCGCUGUGAGGAAUGCGGGCGAGCCUUCGCGGAGCGCGCCAGCCUCACCAAGCACAGCCGCGUGCACUCGGGCGAGCGCCCUUUCCACUGUAACGCCUGCGGCAAGUCCUUCGUGGUGUCAUCGAGCCUCAGGAAGCACGAGCGGACCCAUCGGAGCAGCGAGGCCACAGGGGCUGCCGCCCAACAGGAGCUGGUAGUAGGGCUGGCGCUACCCGUCGGCGUGGCUGGCGAGGGCUCUGCCGCCCCAGUGGCAGGUGCAGGGCUGGGGGACCCUCCAGCAGGGCUUCUAGGGUUGCCCCCAGAGUCAGGUGGUGUGAUGGCCACACAGUGGCAAGUGGUAGGUAUGACAGUGGAGCAUGUAGAAUGUCAGGAUGCCGGUGUCGAGGAGGCUCCUGGUCCUUUGGGGGGGUCAGGAGAGGUGAGGGGUGAGGAGGCUGACGAGAAGCCACCCCAGUUUGUAUGUCGUGAGUGCAAGGAGACCUUCUCCACGCUGACGUUGCUGCGCCGGCAUGAGCGCUCCCACCCGGAGCUCCGGCCCUUUCCGUGCACCCAGUGUGGCAAGAGCUUCUCAGACAGGGCAGGGCUGCGCAAGCACAGCCGUACGCACAGCUCUGUGCGCCCCUACGCCUGCCCGCACUGUCCCAAGGCUUUCUUGAGUGCCAGUGACCUGCGCAAGCAUGAGCGUACCCACCCUGCGCCCAUGGGUACCCCCACACCCCUGGAGCCCCUUGUGGCUUUGCUAGGAAUGCCUGAAGAGGGCCCAGCCUGAGCCCAUGACCCUCCACCACACUCCUUGGAGCCCAGUCCCUACUGGGUGGGUGGCUCCUGAGCCGCUUUGUGCCCCUGCUCACUCUUUAGACUCCAGCACCUGCCCUUGAGCACCUGGCUCACGAUCUCGCAGCUAAGAGCUGGGGACAGUGGGGGCUGGCAGCAGCUAUGAGACAGGGCUCUCAGAGCAAGUCAUUAAAGCGUUCACUCUG